UCCACACCAAACCAAGCCCACUACUCCCAUCUCCUCUCUCUGUGCUACAAUGGCUUCCCUUCAUCUCCGUCUCCUCUGCAUUGCUUCACUGGCCUCUCUCCUCAUGGUGGCUAAUGCCAGAAUCCCAGGGCCUUACACCGGUGGCCCCUGGCAGGAAGCCCACGCCACCUUCUACGGCGGCAGCGACGCCUCUGGAACCAUGGGGGGUGCUUGUGGGUAUGGAAACCUCUACAGCCAGGGCUACGGAGUCAACACUGCUGCACUGAGCACGGCUCUGUUCAACAAUGGACUGAGCUGCGGCGCUUGCUUCGAGAUCAAGUGCGGCGACGACCCAAGGUGGUGCACUGCCGGAAAGCCCUCCAUCUUCGUCACCGCCACCAACUUCUGCCCUCCCAACUUCGCUCAGCCCAGCGACAAUGGCGGUUGGUGCAACCCUCCCCGGACCCACUUCGACCUCGCCAUGCCCAUGUUCCUCAAGAUCGCCGAGUACAAAGCCGGAAUCGUCCCCGUCUCUUACCGCCGGGUCCCAUGCGUAAAGAAGGGAGGGAUCAGGUUCACAAUCAACGGCCACAAGUACUUCAACCUGGUUCUGGUCACCAACGUCGCGGGCGCAGGGGAUAUCGUGAGCGUGAGCGUGAAGGGCACCAACACCGGGUGGAUGCCAAUGAGCCGGAACUGGGGGCAAAACUGGCAAUCCAACUCCGUCCUGGUGGGCCAGGCCUUGUCCUUCAGAGUCAGAGGCAGCGACAGGCGUAGCUCCACGACCUACAACGUGGCGCCAGCUAAUUGGCAGUUCGGACAGACCUAUUCCGGAAAGAAUUUCCGUGUCUGAGAAAAGCUCACCCAUUUUUACUUUUUAACUUUUUUCACAUUUUGGGUUCAAUUUCGUUCCCGCCUUUCGAUUUUUCCUCUAUUUUGCCGGGAAAAAUUGGAAGUGGAGGAGUAAAGUAAUAGAGAAGAAUUAUGGGUGUAAUGGGGUCUGGGUAGGAGAAGAAAAGCAAGGGAAAGGGAAUGAGAGGGUGAUAAUAUUAGGGUUAGGAAAGUGACUAAGUCUAAGUGUGUCGGUUGCUACUUUUUUUCUUUUUUCUUUUUUACUUUUGGUUUGGGUGAUGCUUUUGGUUUCAGUGGGAUGGUCUUCUUUGCUGGUCAAGUUUAUGUAAGCCAGUAAAUUGUGUGGGGGCUGAAGCGGCUGCAAGAACAAACAUGUUGCCCGCAGCUCUCUUUUUCUAUGAUAUAUGAUAUAUAUUACUAUGUGACCUAUAA